AUUUGAGCGCACAAAAUGCAACCAAACAAUAAAAAAUUGAAGCGUUUGCCAAUUAAUUUGCGUCGCAAAGCAAUCAGAGAAGCGCGCAAUUUGGCAGGAGUGCGGCCUGCUGCAAAUAGAGCUGUUAAGCCAAAACUAAGGUCACGACAUAAACAGAACGACUUUGACCGUGCCGAACACAAUGCAAUGCUGGCGGCAACAGCGCAUGAACUCCAACAGAUUCUGGAGGAUUGCGAGGAGUUGGCAGAUUUACCUUACGAUGCUACGCCGGCUGAGCUGUUGGGUGAGAUUGCCUUAGCAGAGGGACAUUCCACCACGAUCCACGUGCAGCGCGACGGGCUCAGCACGCUAAAAAUUGUGCUCCAUCAGCGCACUCCGACGAUUGCCCAACUGAAAAAAGCGAUCGCCUCAGUUUCGCUCGCUCAGCAGAAACGAAGGCAGCGCGAGCAACGUCGUGCGGCGCACGAAGACGCCGCUGGCCGAGCCGACGAAGACGGAGACGAAAACGAACAACAACUGGUUGUGACGGGACUAGCUGGAGAUGGAGCGGCGAUGGUGUGCUCCAGUGGCGAGUUAGUUAACUCUGCGCUGCGGAACGGGCACGAACAUCGCACGCUUGUCUCUUGGCGCUUUCUAUGGCGCUGCUUUGCACUGUUCAACGUGGAUACAAAUCAGCCGAUCGAUGACCACGCUGUCAACGGACGCGCAACUCUAACGGCGCUGGGCAUUGAGAACGGCACCAUUCUUAAGUUUGUGCAUCGCGUCAAAUAUUUUGGUCGCCGGCGACAAAGCUAA